AUGCUUAUAAUGCCACUCUAUGCCGAAGACGUUAUUCGUUGUCCAUUAUAUUCAGCACAUUUCUUUGAUGAUCCACGUGUGAUACCCUGCGGAUGUGUUUUUUGUUUAAAAUGUUGUUUAAGCUUACGUUGUAUGACUAGCAUUAGUUCAUUCUCGAUCAAGUGUCCUAUCGAUGGUGUUAUCCAAGAUUUUCGAAAUGAGGAAGGAUUUAUAAAUAGUUUAAUUGUUCAUUCUGUUUUAAAAAUGAUGGUUAAACGAUAUAUGAUUAAUCACUAUGAAAAUUCAAGGAUAUUGUCAACGACAAGUAGACUGACACUAUGUGCUCAAUGUCACGAACGUUUUGUUGAUCCUCGUCAAUUACAAUGUGGUCAUUCGUUUUGUUACAUUUGUAUUAAAACAAAACUUAUAUCAACAGAAUUAUCAAUUCAAUGUGCAAAAUGUGAUGUCCAACAUAUAUUUCGAACAAGAGACGAACUCGAACGUUCGUUAGUCGUCGAUUCGUUUAUAAACGAAAUGGUUCAAUAUUAUUUGAGACGAAAAGCUAAUCCUAAAGUAGUUAAAUCCAGUGAAAACAAUCAUCAUCAAGUUAUUCCUUUACAUACGACAUCACAGAAAAAACAGAUUGCUUUUGCGCAACCGCCGUGUAAAAUUUGUUCGAAAAAAUCAAAUUAUUUAUUUAUUUGUGAUCAUUGCAAUGAAGAAAUUUGUGAUAAAUGUAUGGAUAAACAUCGAGCAGAAGUAACAGAAAGAAUUAAUAAAAAAUGGUUAAAAUGCAAACAACAAUUUGCUAUUAAUAAUGAACUAUUGAGCAAAGCCGAGAAGAAUAUAACGUCAGUUGUUAAUGAAUUAAAAAUGAUACGAAUAACUGUUGAACAACGUGCAACAGAUUUGAUUAACAUGAUCGAAAAUGAACGUGAUAAUAUUUUGGAACGGCUUGAUGAUCAUAUAACUCCAGUUAAAAAAAAUUUCAAAAACGAUGAUAUUAAACAAGAGUAUCAGUCAAUUAAUGAAAAUAUAGCACAUAUCCUUUCGAUUGAAUCUUCGAUCCAGAAUUUAGUAAAUCAUCUUCAAAGAAUUGAUCGUUUUCUUGAUAAUUUGGAAAAUAAAAAAGAUCAUAUUAAAACACAAGAAAUAACAAUUGCUUAUUUAUCACCGCCAGAUUUCGAUUCUCCAGCAAAAUUACUUGGUGAUCUAAAAUUUCAAGUUCCAUCAAAACUAAUAACAACUCCAUUAUCGACAAAAAAUAAGUACAAUGAACGACUAUCACCAAAAGUGCAGAAUACAACGUCAAUCUCAAAUUAUCAAAAUUUAUCAUCGUCGACAAAGCCAUCAAUCAAAAAAGAACUGGAUGGCUUCUAUAAUCCCAAGGAAUUGGCUUCACCAAUUCCUCCUCUUCGUAUUAAUUGGCGACUAACGCCUUCACAACUACAACCAAAUCUGAAAACAGAUGUACAACGGCUCGUACAAUCGACAAAACGUAAUUCACCAAUAACGACAAAUAAUGGAUUACACUUGCCAAUAGUAGUAAAACGUCCAUUUUCACAGAUGUUUACAUUGGUUCCAAACGACAUGUGUGUAUGGUCAUUAAAAACGUCUGACAUUCCUCAUUUUUUAUGUUUACUUGAUAAUAACAACAGAUCAUAUAAUAUUUUUAUCUGUGAUGAAUAUGGCGCUCGUGUUCAGAUUUAUUCUAUCCAAUUACCCAUAGAUAAAUAUUUACCAGUGUAUAUUCGUGAAUUAGAAUUAUUUAAGCGUAAUUGUCGUUUAACGUUAGAAUCAUUCACCGUUUAUCAAACAUAUAUCAUAACCUAUGUUCGACGUUUUGAACAAAAAGCAAAUGAGGAACAAAAGGCUCCUUUAAUUAAAGCUGGCAUUCAAAUAUUGGAUCGAGGUGAAAAUGGUCGUUGCAGUGAUAUUGGUGGCAUGAUCUAUGUAUUUGGACAUAAUGGCACACAAGUUGAUGGUUCGUAUCAAUCAUAUCCCAUACGAAAAUUGAUUGCUGAUACAUCGUACGAUUGUCUAUGGGGUAUUAAUUCGAUAAAUAAUUCGUUAUAUUAUUAUUCAUUACCCAAAACUCCCGAACAAAUAACCAGUUAUUUAAAAAAUAUGAAAAUAUAUUUAGAUUUUAAUGAAACAAAUGAUGAAAAUGAAAAGUUUGAACCUAAUCAUAUGGCUGAAAAUCAACAAACAAUUGGUUUAGUUGAUAGAGAUAGCCAUACAAUUAGAUUAUAUGAUAAAAAUACUAAAGAAUUAAUAAAUACAUAUAAAAAUACUCAACAAUCAUGGAAUAUUUCAGAUAUGAUCAUAUUGAAAGAUAAUAAUUUAUUGAUGACCUUAACCGAAAAUAAACGUAAUAAACAAGUGAUAAGAAAAGAUUCGAGAUAUAGACAACAUUCCGCAAGAAAAUUAAUUGAAAUAAGUAAAAAUGGAAAAGAACUUAGAGAAAUAGAAGCGAAUACGUUGAAUGCAAUGACAAUCGGUCCGAAUGAUGAAAUAUUUUUGGGUUUUGCGGACAAAGGUGAACGAGGGCUUGUUCAAGUAUAUAUUUAA